CAAAAAGCGAGAAAAGCUGACAAAACCCGUUCUCUCAGUAGGGGACACGUUGUUUGUUGCCGCGGCCCUCAUCCAGUAUUAGCGGCGGAGUUUACCACGGCAAAGAAGACGGAUCGGAUUUUCAGUACCAACUAGAAAGUCCAGUUCGACCGACCAAGAUGUCACAGGAGCAUGACAAUAAGCGUGCGGUCCUGGUUCUUCAGAAUGAGCCGGGUUAUGGUGGCCAGCGUUGCUCCUUCACCACAGAAGAUGAAGCAUGGAAAUCAUUUCUGGAAAACCCACUGACCGCAGCCACCAAGGCCAUGAUGAGCAUAAACGGAGACGAGGACAGCGCCGCAGCUCUCGGCCUGCUCUACGACUACUACAAGGUGCCCAGGGAAAAGAGAACAAUACCCCAGAGCAAGUCAGAGGCACUGGUCUCUGAUGUGGAUCCCAACAAAAGACACCAGAUCCAGGCCGGACACUCUGUAGCUCCGCUCCAAGAAGCUGGUAUGGAGAGCAGGAUCCAGGUCCUGAAGGGGCCCUUCAAUAUUCUUCAGCUGUCCCAGGACAAAAGGACUCAGUUCCCUUCACCAGACACAACCGUCACAGUUUCUAUUGCUGCUGUGCCAAAUUACCCGCCAGUCAAGACAGAGGUGCCCACCCAUGGCUUCUCAGUGACCGUGCCAAACAAUUGCACCGAAACCGACAGCCAUGUAACCGUCUUUGACCGCCAGCUCACCCACAACACGGUUCAGUUCAGCCCCAGCACCCAGUCCCGCACGCCCCCUGACUCCACCUUUUCCGAGAGUUUCAAGGAUGGUUCCCAGGAGGUGUUUUCCUUCCCAGGGGAUCUCCAGUUACGUAUGACCUCCAUGACGCCCGAGCACUACCCUCAGUUUGACGCUGUGCCGGGGAAUAAUUUUGAGUACACUCUUGAGGCAUCCAAGUCUCUCCGUCAGAAGACAGGUGACGGGACGAUGACAUACCUCAACAAAGGCCAGUUUUAUCCAAUCACCCUCAGGGAAAUUGACACCAAAGGGAUACAGCAACCCAUCACCAAAGUCCGGAGUGUAGUCAUGGUGGUGUUUGGAGAGGAAAAGUGCAGAGAUGAUCAGCUGAAACACUGGAAGUACUGGCACGCCAGACAGCACACUGCCAAACAGAGGUGCCUCGACAUCGCUGACUACAAGGAGAGCUUUAACACCAUCGGCAACAUCGAGGAGAUUUCCUACAAUGCCAUUUCCUUCACCUGGGACACCAACGAGGAGGCCAAGAUUUUCAUCUCUGUCAACUGUCUGAGCACUGACUUCUCCUCUCAGAAGGGGGUGAAGGGUCUUCCUCUGAACCUGCAGAUCGACACCUACAGUUACAACAACCGCAGCAACAAGCCCAUCCACCGCGCCUACUGCCAAAUCAAAGUCUUCUGUGACAAGGGAGCUGAGAGGAAGAUCCGUGAUGAGGAGAGGAAACAGUCUCGCCGAAAAGGGAAGGUGGCUGAGCUCAACCCUGGCCUGCCCUUUGUGGAUGUCAAAGUUCCCAUUCUCCAGAAACGCAACGAUGUGACCAUCUUCAAGAUGAUGAAUGACCUUGAGACCCAGCCCGUCCUUUUCAUUCCCGACCUUCACUUCUCUACCUUCCAGCGCCAUCCUUACUCGGCAGAAGGAGAGGACAGCUCAGGCAUGAAGAGACUACCUUUCAGUGAUGAUGAGUUCGCUUCUCCCCCAGACAAGAUGCCAAGAGUGGAGGAACCAAAGAAAGUCCUGUUGUAUGUGCGCAAGGAGGCAGAAGAGGUGUUUGAUGCCCUCAUGCUGAAAAAUCCCACGCUGAAAGGCCUGGUAGAAGCUAUUUCAGAAAAAUAUGAGUUGCCUCUGGAUAAGGUUGGAAAGGUGUAUAAGAAGUGUAAGAAAGGUAUUUUAGUCCACAUGGAUGACAACAUCAUUAAACACUACUCCAACGAAGACACCUUCCAGAUCACCAUGGAGGAGAUGGCCGGCAAGUACACACUCACCCUCACAGAAAUCUGACUGAGCAGAGGGGUGAAACGGAGCUGUGGUUUACGUGUAGCGAUGCAGUCAUAAUGGACUUGAUCAGAAGAUUAGAUCAUGUCACCUCUGUGCUGUAUUAGAGUCAGACAGGUUGUAAACACACAAAGUCCCAACAGAGAUAUUUAAAAAGCCAUAGCUCUUAAUAGACAUUGAUUAAAGAUUUAAGUUAAACAUAUUGAUUAAUUUUAACACAUUUAUUGUGCAUGAGAAUUAACAAUUGAGGACACACUGGAUUGUUAUGACUCUUUUGUUUUGUAUUUAGAGAGAAUAUGAAUUGCACCUCAAAUACAAAUGCUUACUUUAUACAUUUUGUUUAAAAUGUGUAGCGCCAUUGUGGUGAUGUUAAACUGUACCACAUACUAUGCAAGAAGCACUGUUUUUUCACAUAUUUGAAUGUUAUGAGGAGAAACAGCUCAUCUUUCCUUUACUACAGCUCUAGCACUGAUGAUUUCAAUCUGUAAAGUUGGGUAUUUGGUGCAGAAAAUGAAGAGAGCAAAUUGUUGAUGGGGCCCCAGUGGUUCUGUGUAUUAAUACUUAACAAUAUGGCAGUAUUUAGUAUGUAAAACUUUCUUCAACCAUCAUACAAUUAGGAUAGAACUAUGUAAAUGUUUGUUGUUUUUAAAGCAGAUGAUACAUGUUUGUGAAUGAAAUGACUUAAAUAUUUUUUUUUCUUAAGAUCAAUUUAAAUAAUGCCCUCUUUGUAAGUAUUAAACAGUUACAAAAUAUAUUGAUAAUAAUGCUAAAACACAACUACCCUUUCCUUGUAGAGUAGUUUUCUGAAUGGUGAUGAAAUAGGUCAGUGGAUGUCUAGGACAUUUUAUACAAGACUGUCCUGGGAGUGCAAUAUGAUAUCAGACACAUUCAGAAAAGAAUUCUCUUUUACCAUAACUACAGUAUGUAACACAUAUUAACUGAUAAAAUGGAUUUUUUAAAUGGAAAUAUUGUUGUAUAUAUCCACUGGAAAAAAAAAAAAUCUGUAUGAUACCUGCUUUUGUAUCUCAGUACUUAUUGUGUAUAUAUUUAUUAAGAGAAUGGAUGUGGGUCAUUUUUACUAUAUGUAUUCAAAUUUCUAUUAUUCCUAAACAUGUUUUUCCAUUUUAUGUGAAGUUGUUAUAACAUUACAUGUCUGGGGAACAAAGGGUAAAAAAUGUAUCAUAAGUAAAAAUUUUUUGUAAAGGAUUUGA